AUGGGCAAUUUGUGUCUUGGUCGGGCCGGCCGUGUUGCGCCUCUUUCGUCGUCAGCGAACAGCGGCAAUGGCGGAGACCUGUCAGCCCAAGCUGUCGGCAUCUUGCCCCAUCAAGGCGAGAACAGUAGCGCAGACAAAACGCUACUACAAGACCAGUCGUCGACAAGCAAACCCCCGACCUUGUCGGGUAAAAAGGGAGACCAACAAGCACCUUCAUCGGAGAUUGAUCAAAGUUCAUCGACAAGGGCGUCAGGAGGUAAUUCGGCCAGAACAGCACGAUUCGAACUGCCUGAUGACGAUGACGACAACUCGGGAGGCACUUCAAAUAGAAUGGCUGGUUAUGAAAAUGUAUCUGUAGUACUGGCUGGGGUGUUUAAAUUUACCUGAAGCUAUUGGCCGUUGCUUUUGUUGCUACAACUCGUUGAUUUCUUAUCGAGAAAUAAAGAGCAAGAAGCUUUUUUUGAUUUUCACUACUACACACACUUUCAUACCAACGUUGGCUUCGCCACCGCCAGUAUGCGGCUUCGCAGAUCCCUGUCGGGCGCCGUGAGCUUAAUCGGAAGUCCUCAGCGUAAAAAACGUGCAGGAAAGAAAAUCGUUGGUUACAAUGGUGACGAUGCUUUACCUGAUGUCCUCGAGGAAGGUGCACCUGACAUUGAUGGUGUAACCACUGGAGAAGAAGCAAAAUCAAGGAAUCAAGAUGAAGGUGCACCUGGUGGAACAUCUGGAGAAGAGCCAAAAUCAAGGAAUCAAGAUGGAGAGGGAGGCAUGUCUCGAGAAGAGCCAAAAUCAAGGAAUCAAGAUGGAGAGGGAGGCAUGUCAAAAUCCUCUCCGACUAGCCGAGAUGCAUCUCCGUCUUGUGGAGUCUCUUCUUCUGGUCUCUCCUCAGGACCCUCAAGCAAAGAGAGGACCGGAGCUGCUUCGUCGGAGAAGAAGAGCUCGUCGAAAGUUAUGGGGUGGUCAAGACUUUGUUUAUAAACUCGCACGAGAUGGAGAUCCUAAAAUAUAGAAAAUAUAUGUACGCCUGUUAGAAACUACUCCUAGUACUUUUCUCUCAGUUCUUUCAAAUUUUCUAAUCCAAGCAAAGAACGCGGGCGCACAGGCACAUCCGGAGUCACUAGUCCACUUUCUCCCACAUCUCACCAAGUCAACCUUCAGUCUGGCGGUUCAACCUCUUCCUCUUCCCUGACGCGUGAGGACGUCAAAGUUCUGAGGAAAGCCCUGCAGCGCCACUUCCUCUUCUCCAGUUUGGACGAAGAUGAACAGAAAUCUCUAGUAAAACGCAUGCGACGUAUGCCAAAAAAAGUGGGCGAAUUGGUAUUUCGCCAAGGCGAUACAGGAGACUCGCUUUAUGUGGUGGGGAGUGGGACGUUGUCAGUGGAAAUAGACAAACGAGCGGUGAAAAACCUAGGAAGAGGUGCGAUUUUUGGGGAGUUAGCGUUCUUGUAUAAUGUGGAUCGAACGGCUAGUGUUCGGGUCUCCGAGACGGCGGUGCUGUGGAGGUUGGAUGGUACAAUUUUGCUUGAAAGAUUUCUACUUCUUUCAUCAUGUUGUUUGUAGCACAUUCUGAGAGAUUUCUUGAUUAAGUAGUUCUUUUCUGAGAGUUUGAAAUUGAAUCUUUAUAAACUUUGAGACGUUGAAAGUUUGGAGGCUUGCAUCUUUGAAACUUUGAAUCGACUCUAAAUCUUUUGAAAGUUUGGAAUCCUGAAAUGCUAAGAUUCUGAGAGAUUUAUGAAUUUCAAAAUUUGAGAUUUCAAAUUCAAAAUCCUUCUUAUAUCCAAGAAAUUUCAGUUAUAUCGCCUAAAAUUGAAAUUCCUUUCCUGGCGAGCGCUUUGACAGACACUACAAAUCUGAUCAAAAACAUGGAUAUGGACAAAUCUGCUGAGAACCAGUAGUAGGUGUCCUAAACUUCAUUCGAUUUGAUAUUGAGACUCUUCUAGAAACCAAACAGUUUAGUCUUGGUAACUUCAUUUAUUUGAGGAUUCAGGGUGACAUCGUAUACCCUAGGGGCUGGUAUGCUUACCAGUGAUAGACUUCACGGAGUGGCAACUUCAUUUCAGUUCAGUCUGGGCUGAUUUUUUUUUUGUAGUGCGAGCGAGUUAUGUGAAGUGAAGAAUCUACCUGCGUUUUUUCCGCGUAGAUACCGGCAGCGGGGGCAAGACCAAGACCAUGGAUGUGGCUGAGUGUUCACUGACUCCCACAACGCAUUCGCACAAAAAUGAUCAUCUUCUAGUUUCAUCAUAGACUCAUAUCAUCCUCUCCUCUAGUAUGCUCUUUCACACUCUUCAGCCGCCACCGUCCACCACACUCUGCGACAACUAACUGCCAAGUCCCACGCACAAAUCCUGAAGUUCCUAACCAGUGAUCCAACUUUCGGAGCCCUCUCAGUGGAGGAACGAGAAGCUUUGGCUGGCGUCUGUACUAUACAGGAUUACAUUAAGGCCUACAGUAAAUCAUCUUAUGAAGCAUCGCUGACUGCUCUGUCUUCUAAGACGGAAAGGCGACGUCAAGGAUGCUUUUCUGGAUGAAAACAAGCAAGCUCUAACUACAAUGCUGGCGACACGAUUCUAAGAGAAGGAGAAGCUUCAGAAUGGAUGUUUCUGAUCAUGAGCGGAAAGGUGUUGACUCGCGACGCGGCAGGACAGUACAACACUGCGCGGCAGCAUGAUUUUCUUGUUAUGGCUUUUUCUUUUGGUUUCCACUCCCAGUGAAGACUGACAGGUUUUUAGUAGUACACGACCGGAAUGCAGCGUUGUCGUUGAUAAGCACAAGGGCCAUAAGUGAAUGUAUCUGUUCCUCUAACAUCCGCAGCGUCUACAACCGACAGCAAAUCACGAGUGCCAAAGCUCCCGAGAAGGUGAAACUACUGUCCUUCGGCCGUCGAAAUCUAGAGCGUUUAUACGGUGUUGUUGGCGUAGAGGCGGUUUUGAAGCGUGCAUUGCUGAAAGCAGCCUUGCUCAAAAGCGAAGCCUCGUUCUUCCGCAAUUUGCUGCCGCCUCAACAACAAAGACUCUUAACCGCUUUUGAGGAAGUUAGUGCGGCGCCAGGUGAGACGGUGAUCAAACCAGGUGAAGAAGCAGCAUGGAUCGUGGUUGUGGAUGGGAGUCUGGAAGCAGACGAUGAAUUAGCAACAGAGGCGGAUCCCCCAAAUCCAAGUCCUCGUACCUUGCGCAGUGGAGACAGCUUCGGUGCAGAGGAGGUGAGGCGUGGGACAACAAUGCAGCAUCUAGUCAAAUGUCCUAGUAGUGUUUCGGCUUCGACGAUAAUCUACAAAGCUACCUGCAAAAGGAUCGCAGAGCACCUACUGCUUCAGCCAACAUCAUCUUCUAUCGAAGCUCUUCUUCAGAAGAACGAAAUUCAGCAGAUUUUGCAGGAGAUUUUCCUCUUCAAAUCCAUGCCAGAGAGCCAGCUAGAACAAGUGGUGUCAGCUCUGUCCACCAAAGCCUACAAACCAUACGACUUCGUAUUCCGACAAGGAGAAGAAUCAGACGCCUUCUACUUGAUCAAGUCUGGCACUAUUGAAGUGCACGUGACGGAAGGACUACGUCAAGAACAACGGACGCGUACAGUCGUCCAAAAAGUGGGCACGAGUAGUGCGAAGACGAUUCAUGUAGUAGGGAGUGGCGGAGGUGGGGCAGAAAACAAUACAGCAAAAAAUGAUAAAGACAAUCAGAGCAAAGGAAACGACCAACACCAGGACAGCACUGCAGCCGCAGCAACUCCAAAAUCUCCUGAUGUUGAAAUGAAACCAGCUUCUCCUCCCCCACAACAGCAAGAACAGACUGGAAAGAAGAAAAUCCUACGAACUCUAGGAGUCUGGGACUACCUUGGUGAGCGGGGUUUACUUCUCAAUGAGUCUAGAUCGGCCUCCUGCCAGGCACAAGAGGAAGGCGCAGAGUGCUUGGCCCUGGAUAAGGAAACCUUUCUCAAAAUUGUCGGAAACUUCCGAAAGGUCUUGGAGCAUAGGAUGAAAUUGCAGGACUCAAAUGUACUUGUUUGAUGAUUUUUGUUCUGGUAGCUUUUUUUCGAGAGGACGGGUUGAUACUUAUCUGAAAGAUGGGCAGCUUGAAAAUACAAGUAUCUGAAUAAUCCCUCACUGAAAAAUUUUUUGCGUUCUUUUGAUUGCUCCUUCUUGUCGAGGGGACGGACUGAUGGAUGCAAGAAGAUGUGCUUGGUUGAAAAUACAAGAGUCUCCUUCUACAUAGAGGAACUCUUUUAUCCGAAUAUUAAACCCGCACUCAAAAAUCUCUCUCUCUCUCAGAUAACACUCGCUGACCUGAAGCCUCUCCAUAUCGUGGGCAAAGGCACCUUCGGUGUCGUCAAAUUAUGCUGUCAUCGUGAGGAUCCAAGUAAGCAAUAUGCGUUAAAAUGCAUCGACAAAGCCGCUGCAGUGCGAUUGAAACAGCAGAAGUCUCUGCAGACCGAAAAAGCGAUCAACAGUCAGUUUAUGGCUUACCGUAAUUCAUCUUAAGAGGGAUCUUACUUUGGCGCGUUCAUUUUCAAGGGGAAAACACUUCAAAGAUCAUGACCCUCAAGAUGAAUCUUCAAUUUAGAUAAGCUCUAAUCACUGCUUUCAUCCUUGCAUCGUGCAGUUCAUCAAAACUUUGCAGGACAGGAAUACGAUUUACUUCUUGACCGAAUUUUUGGGUGGCGGCGACUUGUUUUUGGGGAUCCGUGCGAUCGGCAUGCUCUCAAGAGAACAAUCGCGCUUCUACGCGGCGAGUAUACUUUUGGCGUUAGAUUAAGGCCUUCGUCCCUAAUGCAUCUUCAAAAGCAUCUUGAAGCUGUGGUCCCAUAAAAAGAGGAAAGCACCAAGAUGCAUCUACUCACGAUGGAUAAGGCGGAUGAGCUCCAAUUAAGGUACCUGCACGAGCGCAAGAUCAUCUAUCGUGAUCUCAAGCCAGAGAACGUAUUGUUGGAUUUUGAAGGUCGCGCAAAAUUAGUGGAUUUCGGCUGCUGUAAGACGGCAGCGAGAGCCUACACGGUGGUGGGAACCCCAGAAUACUUGGCACCAGAAGUGAUUUUGGGGAAGGGGUACCAUCUGCUGCUGGUUUAUUUCUAAAUGUGAAUGUUGACUGUAGAAAUGGAGCUCACCGCUGGAAAGUCCUCCAUCUUGUUUUAAAAAUUUUUGCAUGUUCACUUUUGAAGUCGUCGUUGUUCACGACCUUGCACACUCACGUCGUUGUCACAGGUACACUCACGUCGUCGAUUUUUGGUCUCUCGGUGUAGUGAUGUAUGAGUUUAUUUGUGGUCCUCUCCCCUUCGGCGUAGAUUCGGGAGAGGAUCAAAUGGAGUUAUUUAGGCAAAUCUUAGAAAUGCCAGUCAAGUUCCCCGACUACGUGCGUGACGAGGAAGCCGUGUCGAUGCUGAAUCAUCUGCUAGAAAAGGUUCCAGACUUGAGGUUGGGAACAGGCGCGUUGAGGGAAAAGGAGAUCAAGGAGCACCCGUAUAUGCAAGGGUUCGACUUCAAUGCGUGUGCUGGAGGGUACUUACAACAUCAGCAAUCUUGUUGACAUACCUUCUUUGUAGUCGUAUAUGCAAGGGUUCGACUUCAAUGCGUGUGCUGGAGGGUGCAUCAACAUCAAAUAUCUUGUUGACAUACCUUCUUUGUAGUUGCGCCUAGUAGUGAAGCCUCUUCAUCUACUCGAAAACUGAAAAUAACCGAGUAAGUGACUGAAAUAAAGAAGGUAGGUAGGUUUGACAGGGCUACUCUUCCUUGUUCAGGCUCCUCCAACCAAUAGCAAUAGACGCACGUGACCUGCACCAUGAAUCUGUAUCCAUCCAAAAGGUAUCUCGAGCCUCCCUGGAAGCCAGAUGCUGCUUCGAUCAAAAAUGGUUGGACAAGGUGUGAUACUAUUGUGGACACAGAAGAUGGAGAUUCUGCGAUGUCCGACGUAUCAGAAAUCGAUGAUGGAAAGACGACGCCCAAAAAGACAGAGGACACUCAAACAGUUUCUGCAAAUAAAGUAGUGGAUACGUCGUGGUGCGCUGGGUUUUGAUGGAAGAAAAAUGGACGGGAAGUUAUAAGAUGCUCUUGUUAAAUCAGUUAGAGUUGUUGUGUUUGAAUCAUGCGAGGUGGAGGUUGAGCCCUUCGUGCAGAUGAUGAUUUGUAAAGUACUCAGUUUCGCUUUAUUGUCGCAUAGGUAAAUAAUGAAGAAGAGAAGGACGGAGGUUCUCAAUAUAAAAAAUGUACAGAUGAAGUGCGUAGAACUAAUUGAGGCAAUGGUAAUGAACUUUUAGUUUUUCUCUAGCAGCUUCCUUCGGCUAUGGCGAUGCAACAAGAUAUGUCGAGCCUGCAUGUGUGAAAGUUACAUCUACUAGUGACUCCGCGAGGAAAAGUAAUUCCUGUUGGUUGACUUUUUGAUGUGUGAGUGGUUACGAUUCUCUUAUUUGAGGUUCGUGUGUUGUUGAAUUUAGUAUCGUGCAAAGAAAAAUGAACCAGUUGUUGGAACGAUGCAAUGAAUGUUCGUAGCUUGCUGAGGAAAUACCCGUCCCAAAUGAUGAGGAAUCCAUAGAUGUUGAGAAAAAACCAUGGUUUCAUGCUACCAUGUUGAUCAACUACAGAAAGACAGACGAUAUCUUUUUCAGGCGUUGUAUCUAGACAUUCUCAUUCUUGCAGCGAGAG